GCUGCCGCUUCGGAGAGAGGUGCUGGAACGAGCACCCCCGCGGCGGCGGGCGAUAUGGGCCCUCUGCGACCCACCAGCACCACGAUACACUCUUGGGAAGCUUUUCAUUUGCGAGAGACAUCAUGAGGAAUGCCAUAGAACAGAGAGAUUUAUGGAGAGGCAGUAACACACCUGCAGUUCCUUGUCUUUACACCUGCUGAAGGAGAGUCAGAGCCCACCUGUAGCAGACUCAGAGACAUGUUCAUGGUCUUAAAAUUAAGCGUGGGAGGUCUGUGCUGUGCAACAGAGCCACUGCUCAGAGGAGGAGGAUGGACCAACCAGACCACCAACCAGAGAUACACUAAUGUUAUCCAGCCCUCGACCUUUAAGUCUAAUACAUGGGGUGGCAGCAGAGAUCAGGGAAGAGGAUUUUUUGGGUCCUCUGAUUUUGGAUCAUCAGGUGGCAGCAGCAGCAGCAGAAAUGCAGACUUUUCACAGAACAGAUUCUCUUCGCUAAUGAACAGUCAAAAUAUUGCUGAUGGCUACAAAGAUGAAGAGGAGAGACUUCUUGAAUGUGUAGUGAAAGACAUGGAAACUUGGGAAUCUUCAGGACAAUGGGCACUUUCAUCUUAUUCACCAAUGGAAAAGAAGCCGAAUGUCUCAGGCUUUUCAGAUUUCUCACCAGAAGAGUUGCGUCUGGAGUAUUACAACUGCAGAGCAAACAACAACAUUCAGAACUAUAUAAAUUCUGUCCAACAGUUAGUGAAACAAUGGAAAAGUCAGCUGCUUCAGUUGAAAACUUUGAAUGCAUCAACAAAAGCAGCUUUGCUAUCUGAAUUAAAGAACACAGCUGCUCAAUCAUUGCCUUCCUUUGGAUUUGGAGGACAGCAAACAUCAAGCACUGGGAUGCCAACCUUUCCUGUGAACAGCAGCAGUAGCAGUGCUAGCAACUUCUCCUUUAAAACAAGUUCCAGUCUUGUCAGUGCAUCAUCUGGAAACACCCCUGCUUUUGGGAGCUCUUCUGGAGGUUUCAGUCUUCCUGCAUUUGGUGUCACACCCUCUCCUAGUGCAUCCCAUGCUGCUGGGUUUGGCAGCUCAACAACUCCAUCUGCAGCCUCCUUCUCGUUUAAAACUUCUGAAACAAGCAGUGGUUUUGGAGCUUCUGGGUUUUCAGGGUUUGGCAGUUCUUCUGGGAACUCUUCAGGCAACGCUUCACUUACAGCCUUUGGAAGUUUCAAUGCUGCUCCCUCACAUCCAAGCAGUGGACAGACUGCCAGUGCCUUUGGACACAGCAUCACAUCCACAGUUUCUGCAGUCACAAACACUGCUAUCUCGGAGAAGUUAUUUACACCAAAGAGUGAGUUAUCAGCUGAAGAGCUGAAACAAUUUGAAGGAAAAAAGUUUACGAUGGGGAAGAUUCCUCUUAAGCCACCACCAUUAGAACUUUUAAACAUUUUAGGCUUUUAAUUCUUCCUGAAAUAAAAUGGCUUUGUCGUUUCUCCGAUACGGCAGCUACAGAGUUCUCUGGUUGAGUAAUAGAAUGUUUCCAUUUAAGUUAAUUUUAAUUUCAUUUCGAAGUCAUCUGCAAGAAUAAUCUUACAGGUGUAAAUAUUUUAACACUGUAUUUUAUCAUUCUCAUUUUGGAAUGGCCCUUUUAAAUCCAAGAAAUGAACUAAUGAAAAUAAAAUUUAA